GGAACAUCGGCAAGUUGAGAAAGGAAAGAACUUUUAUGAGUUUCAAUUCAAUACAAGGCUUGUCACAUCCACUAUUGUGCAUUUUCAGGUAACUUUUGUUUAAGAAAGUGCUGACUAUAUUGGUAUCUGAGUGCAGUCCAUGACUACCAGCAUCCAUGGUGAUACUAUACUCUUUUCAUUUUUUUUCCUUGAAUUGCUUAACUUUACCCUUUCAGAAAUCGAAAGCCUGCACUCAGGUUUUCUAUUCACUUUAAUCCCUUUUUUGCAGAGCUCUCGGCGGAUGCUUGUAUAGUGGUAUUUAUAUUUUGCUUUACUAAAAGUCUUGAAAAGCUUUUUAAGUUACGUUUAUCAUAUCAGAGCCGCAUCAGGGUGACUUUAUCAGCCAAUAUCGAACAAAAACACAUAGUCUUAAUUAUGAAAGCAGAGUCAGGUUCAUAUGGACUUUAAAGUUUUAAUGCACGUUCUCAUGCUUAAAUCUUCGUAAUGUACUAAUAUGAAUUAAGUGAGGGCUGGAACAAUCAUAUACUCGAUCGUUGUUGCAUUGUACUUUGCACAUAUCCUGUAGUGCAGAUCUGCGGUGUGUUUAUUCUAAUGUGAAUAUGGCUUAUAAUUUGUGGCAUUUUGGGCUAUUUUCCUCUAAUUUCAACCUCUGAUGCAGCUGGAAGUAAUGUCUGAGCAGCCGGCAGCAUAACGAUAUGGCUUCGGAAUUUGGUAUGGGCGACAUCAAAGCAUGAUGUAUAUCUAAUGCAAAAUUAUUCACUCAUGCACUGGUCAUCUCUUCUACAGAGAGGGAAAGAAGUAGUGAAUGUCGCCAGAUCAGUUACCCCCAUUCAGAAACUACCUGGAUUGUUUUCUGAGCCACUCUCCAGGGUGCAAGUUAGCAGCAUGGCAGUCAAAGAAAAUCUGAUCCUGUUAGGAGGGUUCAACGGGGAGCUUCUCUGCAAGUGUGUAAACCAGCCUGGGGUUGCUUUUUGCACAAGAUUGUCAACAGAAGAUAAUGCCAUCACAAACACAGUUGAUAUAUACCCAAGCCCAAGUGGCUCCCUUAGGCUUAUAACCGCAAAUAAUGACUGUCAUAUACGAGUAUUCGAUGCUCAGAGCUUUACACUUGUCAGUGAAUUUGCUUUCGAUUGGUCUGUCAAUAAUACCUCAGUUAGCCCAGAUGGAAACCUACUCGCUGUACUCGGGGACAGUACAGAAUGCUUGAUCUCUGAUUCCCAUUCUGGAAAAGUUAUUUCAAGCCUCAAAGGCCACAAAGACUACUCGUUUGCAUCCGCUUGGCACCCGAAUGGUCUAAUCUUAGCAACUGGAAACCAAGACACCACAUGCCGUCUCUGGGACAUUCGGAAUCCAUCAGAAUCAUUCGCCAUCCUGAAAGGAAACAUGGGAGCCAUCAGAGGACUGAAGUUCACACCAGAAGGACGGUUUCUUGCCAUGGCUGAGCCUGCAGACUUUGUUCACAUCUUUGACACGCAGUCCGGGUUUUUACAAUCCCAAGAAAUUGAUCUGUUUGGAGAAAUAGCUGGGAUCUCAUUUAGCCCCGACACAGAGGCACUAUAUGUUGGGGUCGCAGACCGCACCUAUGGAAGCUUGAUGGAGUAUAAGAGGAGAAAAGAUAAUCACUAUAUGGACUCCUUUUUCUGAGAAAGGUAAAUGAAAAGAAAAAGCAUCUAAAAAAUGUUGUCACAAUUCGGGUUUUACCCUUUUAGUGUGUAUAUGUAGACAGAAACAUAAUUGUAUUCAUAAUUUUCUGUGGUAAUAUCUGUUAUGCAAGUAUAGGAAUCAGUGUUUGUAUGUAACCCUUGUACUCUUGUAGUGUGCCAUAAUAUAGCUUGCCAAACUUUAAAUAUCUUUUGUUGUAAGACUUCUAAGUAAAAGUCUGGUUGUGGAUCAA